AAUAGCGUUAAAAAAAUAAUACAACAAAAAACAAAGCACAAAAAACCAGUAAAGACUAAAGAGUAAGUACUAGCACAGUGUUUUAGUAGCUAGCAGUAAGUAAGAUUUUAGUAUUCAUUUCGUUUUCAUCUUGUUUGAGAAGCCAAAAUCAUGAAAAAGCAGUGAACUUGGUGUGUGAGAAGAAAGUAAAGUAGUAGAAGAAGAAGAAACCGAAACUUCUGUUCCAAGAUAAUUCAAUAUCCCUUCUCUCAUUUGACUAUCUUAAUUCACACCAUUAAAACCUCAUUCUCAGUUCUCACUCACUCUACAAAUAUCAUUUGCAAAGAGCAGAGCAAACCCACAAGCACAAACCCAUUUUCUCUAAAACCCCAAAGAUGAUGAGGAACUACUCUAUAAUCUCGUUACUGUGUAUACUUGUUUGUUUACAGAGUAGUUCAUUGACAUUAUCAAUCUUAGACCCACUUGAUUUCUUAGCAUUACAAUCAAUAAGAAAAACACUGGAAGACUUACCAGGUUCUGAUUUCUUUACAUCAUGGGAUUUUACUUCUGAUCCUUGCGGUUUCUCUGGUGUUUACUGUGAUGAAGAUUCAAAGAAAGUAAUAGCAUUGAACUUAGGUGAUCCAAGAGCUGGAGCACCAGGUCUUACUGGUCGUAUACAUCCAUCAAUAGGUAAACUAUCUUCACUUGCUGAGUUUUCUAUUGUUCCUGGUAGAAUCUAUGGUGUUUUACCUCCAACAAUUUCUAAACUAAAAAACCUUAAAUUUCUUGCUGUUAGUAAGAAUUUCAUAUCUGGGGCAAUCCCAGAUUCUAUAUCAGAGAUUCCAAAUUUAAGAACUUUAGAUCUUAGUUACAAUCAGCUCAACGGGUCUAUUCCUGGUUCAUUAGGGACUUUACCGUUUUUAUCAAGUUUAAUUCUUUGUCAUAAUCAUCUCACUGGUUCAGUCCCAACGUUUGGUUCUCAAACCUUAACUCGUUUAGAUCUUAAACAUAACCAUCUUACUGGUUUGAUUACUCCUUCUACUCUUCCUACCUCACUUCAGUUUCUUUCAUUAUCACAAAACAAUUUGACCGGUCCAGUUGACCGAGUUUUACUUAGAUUGAAUCGGCUCAACUAUCUGGAUUUAAGUAUGAAUCGGUUCGUGGGGGCUAUUCCGGCAAGUAUCUUUACUUUCCCACUUACUAACCUCCAGUUACAGAGAAAUCAAUUUACUGGUCAGAUUCGUCCGUUGGAUCAAGUUUCAAUCCCAACCGUUGAUUUAAGUCAUAAUAAUUUCGGUGGUCAGAUUUCAUCAAUGUUUUCAUCGGUACAGAAUUUGUUCCUGAAUAAUAAUAAAUUUAUCGGAGAAGUACCAAAUGUGUUUGUUGAUAAGUUGAUGGCUGAGGGUAUACAAAUUCUUUAUCUGCAACACAAUUUCUUGACUAGGAUGGAGAUUGAUCCAACGGCUGAAAUACCUGUGAGUACAUCGUUGUGUUUACAGUAUAAUUGUAUGGUACCACCAGUGCAGACUCCAUGUCCAUUCAAUGCUGGUACAGAGAAAGCUAGACCUACUACUCAAUGCAUGGAAUGGAGAGGGUAGAUACGGGAAAACUUAAUCAUAUCAAGGGCAAGAUGGGAAGAUUUAUAUUCUGGCGUUUUUCUUUUUUCUUUUUGGUUUUAAUAUUCAAUUUAUUUUUUGUGUUAUUAUUAAGUUUUUUUUCUUUUUUAGUUAGCAAAGCUUAGAAUAAAUUGUAGCUGUGAAUUUGUGUGAAUAUAAACAGUAGUUUUGUAGCAGCUACAUUUUAACGAUCGACCUUUUGCUGUGUUGCUGAGCAUGCAUGCGUCCUCGAGCUUCCACGACCGGACUUGACGACGACACGACCCUCGAGGGGGAUCCAAUGGAAAUGAGGACUGUUUGGGUGUUUUAUUUUGGUUAAAGAACUGUUUUGUUAUAUGCAAGUUGACUGAAAUGAACUCUUUCAUGAUAUAAUUUGGUUAUAAAAUCAAGCAAACCUUUAAUGUUUUUA